AACACCACACCAAUUAACCCAAAUCCCAAAAUCCCCAACCGGAACCCCGAAGACAGUGAAGAAGCAGCCCCAGAAGACUCAGGCUUAGAAGAAGACCCGAAAUUACAAAUGCCUAGCAAUGGCGUGGCAGAGUACGAGAGACAGAGGCUAUCGAGAAUUGAGGAGAACAGGUCGAGAAUGAAGGCUCUGCGCCUGCCCAAGAUUGCUUCUAGGUUGUUGCGUUCGGCUCGAAAGGUGAGCGAGAAGAUGGAGGAGGAGGAGGAGAAGAAGAUGGAAAAGAAGAUGGAGAGGAAGAUGAAGAAGGAGGAGAAGAAGAGGAAGAAGAAGGGGAAAGAGAAGGUUGAGGAUGAGGAGGGACUGAGUUCUUCGAGCGGAGAGGAAGAGGAUGAUGAAGACUAUUUAGGCCAAACAUCUUCUGGGCCACAUCGAAAGAAGGCUAUGGCCGCCUCAACAUUCGGGACUGCUUCCAAAAAGCGAACUCGAGAAGACAGGGAUGCUCUGAGAGGCAAAAUCAGUAAACGCUAUAUCAUUGUUGAGCGUGGAGUCUUGAGGUCUGAUCUCAUGGUUGAACCAUUCCAGUUCAUUUAUGACAUUUUUAGAGAAAAUAAGUGGCUGACUCUGUUUGAGCCGGUGAAUGUCUACCAUAGACUUGUUCGAGAAUUCUACUCCAACAUGUCUCUUGUGCUAGGUUCCUCUCCUCAUUUCAAGACCAAAGUGUCUGGGACAAGUUUGUUGAUCAAUCCGGCUCUUAUUAGUGAAGUGACCGGUAUUCCUUUGACUAAUGGGAAACCCUCUCCUUUUUCAGAUACUGAUACUCAUCCGACAAAAGCUGAGAUUAUGGCAAGUUUGAACCCUGGAGGAGACCUAGAAUGGGAAGAACAAAAGACCAAGAUUCCUAUUAGCUACUUGAGGGGUCCGGAGAAAUUGUUGGCGAGGAUCGUGAUGCAAAAUAUGUGGCCCAUCUCCAGAAACAGUGAGGUUACUAUUGACAGAGCCAAAAUGAUCUAUGCAAUUAUUAAUAGGGUUCCUUUUUGCUUAUGCACACACAUGGUCAUGACCAUGAUUGAGCUCUAUGAUGAUCACGCCAUUGCCUUACCUUUUGGUGGUCUAAUUACAAAAAUCCUCAAGAACAAACUACAACAGAUUGCACCAAACGAACCAGCAGAUGUUCCUGGGGGGUAUUUUCGCAAGGGCACAAUCAUGAAGGUCAAUGCUCAGCUUCAAAGGUUUCAUGCUCCAGAAGAACAAGCUCAUCCAACUCCACAUGAACCGCAAGCUUCGUCUUCCUCUGCUCCAUCUUCUUCAGAUGUCAUGGCUCAGCUGAACGUCAUCACUGACUUACUCAAAGCUCAGGGAUUGAGUAUUGAGACAAUCAACAAGCGGCUUGCGCUCAUGGAGACAGACUUAGGGCAGGUCAAACUACAUGUUCAAACAACUCUUCGCACCAUUCUGCCGGAGGAUCAACAGGAUCAAAUGAAGAAUAAAGGUUCAAAACCUAAGAAGAAAGUUCCUGCUCAAAAGUGUUUUGAGUGAGUCAGAUUACAUUGAUGAUCAUGAUGCACUGAAGCAGGCACUUGCGCUGUCUCUACAAGGUUCUGCUGGAGUUUCAGGUGUGGUACAUUGUGGGCCUUCGAAAUUCUCUGAAGCUGAUGUAGGGAAUGCUAGUCUUUAGAAAAAAAUCGGUUUGUUUUGGGCUUUAGAUUAGUAUACCAUGCACAUAUCUUUUGCCUCUUCUUCCCCUCACUGUCUUAUGGUGGUUUGCUUUUGAUUUCU